AUGAAAGCAACAUCCAUACUUGAGCAGCUCGCCAACGAAGGCCACAGCGACAGCCAGUUUUGGAUCGGAAGCUGCUACUACUGGGCCCGAGGAAAAUCAGUAGACAGACGCAUGGCAUUCGAGUGGUACAGCAAGUCGGCCAGCCAAGGCAACUCCAACGGGCAGUGGAUGGACUACACCAAGGCAGUCGAGUGGUAUCGCAAGUCGGCCGAGCAGGGCAAUCGAUACGGACAAGAUUAUCUCGGCCUUUGCUACCAGGUUGACGCUGGUGUCCCCGAGGACGCCAAUACCGCCGUUUUCUGGUAUCGCAAGUCCACUGAGCAGGGAUUCCGAUAUGCCAGCUUCAACCUCGAGCAACUCGGCAAGUGGCCCUGA